UGCAGCCGUGCAGCAGCCGAGCUGAGCCUGCAGGCUGAACAGCUUCAACACACGUGUUGCUUUCAUUCUGCAUGAGAGGUUUUUGGUUUUACAAUUCAGGCAAACAUUUUCACAUACUGAGUUAAAUGUAUUAUUUAAAUGUUUGGCAUGUGCUCUGAAUGGAAAGCAAGUUUAUAUUUUAUUUUUGGUUUUCAAAAUAAAGCAUGUGGUUACAGCACUUGUUGAACUCUUAAAUGAGCGUGUGUGGGCUGUCAGCUGAACUCCCUGCUCAGGGUUUUGGUAUUUAUAAAAACCUCUUUGGUUCCCUGUGGGCAGAGAGGAGGAGAGAGCACGAGGAGCUCUCACUCUGCCUCCAAUUCCAGGGAUCCAUUUUGGACCACAAAGUAUGAAGAGUGAUGCCUCUGCUCACACGAUCUUUGGGUGUAAGCUCUCCGGAUAAAGAUAGAGAAACGGUGAGCAUGCGCCCGAGGGGUCGUCGAAGAAUCCAGUAAAUAGAACCCCGGAGCACGAGCGUAGUGUCGGCGCUGACGUCACGGCCUUACAUUGAGAGCUCGAGCUGAAUUGUAAGCGCGAGCUUCAGACGGAGGCGCGCCGAGGCAAAGGACACAACUACCAUGAACUCCAGUUGGUGUGACUCUGCUGUUUUCUGAGGGAAAAUACAACAUUUUUAUUAUAAUUGUUGAGUAUUUCUUCCUUCCAGUGACGUAAACAAACUGACCGACAUUUUGGAGAGAGUUGUGCAUUCGCUCCGGGGUUACAACAUGUCCUCCGCGGCGGUCGCUGCCUCCAGAAGGCAGUCCUGCUAUCUGUGCGACUUGCCCCGCAUGCCGUGGGCGAUGAUCUGGGAUUUUACCGAAGCUGUUUGUCGUGGAUGUGUCAACUACGAGGGGGCAGACCGGAUUGAAUUUGUCAUCGAGACUGCCCGGCAGCUGAAGAGAGCACACGGCUUCCAGGACGGUCGCUCUCCGGGCCCUGGAAAGUCCCACCACGCCGGGAAGGAGCUCAACCACUCGGCUGGAGACCCGGGCUCCCGUCCGCCGCAGCCGUUGGACCGCUACCCGCUGUCUGACCGGCCGCCCCGGCUGGGACCGGAGUACCAGACAGGCAGGCAGGCUAACGGACUCUCAUUGCCGAACGGAUUUCCAAAACCCGACGAUCCUCCGGAGCUGAACCGCCAAAGCCCAAACCCCCGCAGGACUAGCACGGUUCCUCCCAACCUGGUGCCUUUGGUGAACGGCGGCAUUCCGACCAUACAUCCGCUUAACGGCCGCCCGACUCAGAUGGGUCUGGCCGGGGUUCUGGCCGCGCCUGGCCCCGGGGAGCACGGCAAGCGUAUGGAGGAGAUGAAAGACAAACACAGGCCGGACAGCCUGUCGGACAUGUCUGACAGCCACAAGGAGUGGAUAGGCAAAGGCAAAACAGUGAGGGACCUGAUGGCGCUGCACACUUUCGACAGCAGGUUUAAAAAGGACCACGCCGCCAUGCAGCGGGUGAUGGGAUAUGAAACGAGUGCCACUUCCUCAAAACCAGACAGGGGGAAGCACCCACGGAGCAUGAAGAGGAAGGCCUCCCCAGAGCCAGACGGUGAGGGCAGCGCCCCCAAGAUGAACGGUGGUGAGGGGCAACCUUGGCUCCCCUCGCCCUCUGAGAUCCUGAAGAUGCCCCCAGCCGCCCUUCCAGGCUUCUCAUCCGCUCCCCCCUCCACCAUCUCCCCCCACUCCCGCACCACGCCCCCUGAGGCCGCCACAGCGCAGAACGGCCAAUCCCCCAUGGCGGCGCUCAUCCUCGCCACCGAUAACGCAGGCAGCACAGGCUCACCGAAGGACGGCAACCAGGUACACUCCACCACAGCCGGCGCACGGCGGAACAGCGGCAGCCCCCUGUCACCAUCCUCGGCCUCGCAGAGGAGGCUGGCCCAGAGGGAGGGGCCUGUUAGUGCCAACCCCUCUGGUCCACACUUGCCCGGGGGCAUGGACCCCCACGCACCGCCACUGCAGAACACCCCAGACUCUUCUGUGCCGCCUGGCAGCGUGCCGCUGUGCUGCACUCUGUGCCACGAGCGGCUGGAAGACACUCACUUCGUCCAGUGCCCGUCGGUGCCCUCACACAAGUUCUGCUUCCCCUGCUCCCGGGAGAGCAUCAAGCAGCAGGGUGCCACCGGUGAGGUGUACUGCCCCAGCGGUGAGAGGUGCCCGCUGGUCGGCUCCAACGUACCCUGGGCCUUCAUGCAGGGGGAAAUAGCCACCAUUUUGGCUGGGGACAUAAAGGUAAAAAAGGAGAGGGACCCUUAAAAAUGUUCACCAGCUGUUUUUCUUGAACUCUUUUCCUUUUGUAAUCCGACUACGGCAAAAGCAGCAGGACAUAAAGUAACACACACCCCCCCAAGUAUAAAUCAUCCAGCAAGCCCCGAGAGACUGACGGACAUGUACAUAUUGGACACAAGGGAAGUGUAUACUUCGUAAACAUGGCUGUAUAAUUCUUUUUGAUUUUUCUUUUUCAAUACAUUGUGUUUCUAUAUUUUUGAAGAUGAAAAGGUAUGUACUCUUCAUAACAGGCUCCCCCCCCCCCCCCCCAUCACACUUGUUGCUUUUCAAUCUGUUGGUGUACUUUAAGUCUGGAGACAGUCCUGUCAAACAUAGAAUGUGACUAAUCUGAGCACUUGGCAAAAAAAUAAAUAAAAAAAACAAAGAAAAAAUGCUUCUAGCUGUACAUGUAUGCACUUGUUUAAGAAAAGAACUUGCCAAAUACAGUUUCAGACCUUGUAAUAAUA